UCCAGGCAGGUGAAGCGGAAUUGGUGGAUGGUUGAACUCGAGGGCGAGGAGGACCAUGUCAGCACGCCACCAGCGGAAGAGCCGACCGCGACAGAGCAUCCUCACACCCCGUUUCUCUCGCACCCAUUCAGCACCCAUGCUGCGGAUUCGUCGGCGCGUUCGCCGCCGGCCUCUGGCACGACGUUCGUCCCACCCAAUAACCCUCUCUCCAUCUUCUCAUUCCCGACGCCUACCACGUACUCCGCUCCACCAAACCCUAUCCAAAAUAUGGCACCGUUCGCGUCUGGAUCAGCUUCAGAGCUGUUCAAGUGCGUGGUCAAGAAGCCAAACGUCGUCCAGCUUGAAAUCAACGGCGAGAUGCAGUCGAACGCCAACGACGUCAUGACACAAUUCCUCGCUGAGCUACGCGUGUACACUACCGUGUCACGGCAUCGCAAUAUAGCCGCAUUCCUAGGCUGCCUCGAGAACGUCGGCAUGGUGCUCGAGUGCAUCGAGGGGCGGACGCUGUGGGAUGUAGUCAAGGUGCGGCCGGAGCUGACUCGAAGCCAGAAAGUUGACUACCACAACCAACUGCUGGACGGACUUACUCACCUGCACUCUUUCGGCCUGAGCCACGGCGACCUCUCGCUGCUGAACGUGCAAGUGACCUACUCUUCUGACACGAUCAAGCUGCUCGACUUCGGCCGCUCCGUCGCGGCGGACUCCUUCUUUGCCUCGCCGUUCGAGGACAUGUCUCAACGUCCGGCCGCGCCAGAACCCCCGCGCCCACCGGUGACGUCGCGCUUUGCGCCAAAGUCGCCUUACUCUCCCGUACCUCCUACUCCGCCGCCAUUACAGUCGAGGCAAGUAGAGCAGAUACACCCUGGACCCGUCCUGCGCGGCGAGUGCCAGGACCCUCGCUUAGCGGACGCUUACAGCUUUGGAGUCAUCUUGGUUUGCUUGGAUCGAUCCUGGGACCAACGGAAGGAUCUCCUACCCAAAGGUUUCUUGGACGGCUUGCAGGUCUUCAGGGAGAGGUGCGAGGCAUAUCUCAAACGAUGGGAUAAGGGCAGGCGUAAGCUGGCAAAAGAAGAUAUGAUGGACGUCGACAUUCAGAUGGGUAUCUAGACUGACUCAUUGACACUGGACACUCACGCGUUUUGGACUGUCAGAUGUAGUGCGCGUUCAAUGAUUCUCAAUGUAAUUGCCCUUUACAUGUACAUGCCAUUGAGACGGCAUAGAGGCUGUGUACUAGAGUAUUCAUCGGGAUUGGCCUUGGAUAAUGAGCUGCGCUCCUGGCUGAUCAAUGAGAUGACGAGCACAACCUGCAUACAGCAUUUGUAUCG